GUGGUAGCGGCAAGCCUGAUGGGAGCAUGUAGGCAUUACUGCACGGAGCUUGGCGAGGACUCGCUGUGGGCGAAAGGGUGCGAAAAACGAGUCGCGUUCCAUCGCCGCGCGUACUCACCGGGCUCUGCCACGAACACCACCAAAACACCAUAUGCCGCAUAUUCAUCGAAACCGUGGUCGGCUGCCAGCCUGCCGCAGAUGCGCCCCCGCAGCGCCCACAGCAGCUACGCCACCUACGCCCGCGCUGUUGCCGCCCGGCUGCGGCCGGGGCAGCCCGGCGCCUUGCGCCACAGCACAGCCGGCAGCGCCGGCUCCGGCUGUAGCAGACCCUCGGCCGCUGCGCCGGCGGCUGUAGCAGUAGCGGCUCCGCGUGGGGCGCCACCGGCGGUGGUGCUGCCAGUUUCGGGCCGCAUCCCGGCGGCGCACGAUCGCUGGGUGACGUGCGUGAGUGGACCGGGGCACCAGGGCAUGUGCUGAGCGGUAGCAUGGACCGAUGGACGCCAACGUCAAGUUCUGGGACCGCGGCCGCCCCAGCGCCUGGAUCCACUACCUGCGCGGCCACACCAGGCCCGUGUCCGCCGUACGAUUCUCGUACGGCACCACCGGCCUGUGCGCGAAUGGAUCCGGACCUGGAUCCAAGGUUAGAUAUGGAUCCAUAGGGCCUUGGGCUCGACAGCAACAGCUGCCAUGGCGGCGGCUGGGCAUGGUGGCUGGCGGCAGCUGCGCCGCUCUGCUGCUUCUCGGGCUCUCACGACGGCACGCUGCGGCCUGCGGGUGUGGCGCCUGCUGCUGGCUACCGGGGCAUGCGGGCGGGGUGUACACGGCGGAAGGCGGGCGGCAUUGGGUCAACACCGUUGCGGUCGGGCAGCCGCCGCCACCCGCGCCGCCGCAGCUGCCACUGACUGUACCUCGCAAUCACCAACCACACAAGUCGGCAACGACCCCUCGUGGCACGGCUUCAGCCAAACGGCAGUAGCAGCCCGAGUGGGGGCUACGGCGGCGGCAGUAGCACGGGUUCCGCCAACCCCGCCGCCACGGUGGUGGUUGGCACGUCGGUUGGGCAGUUGUGCCUGUACGAUGUACGGCAGGCGGGCCCGGUGGCGCGGCGUGGGGUGUUCAGGUGCAACAGGGCGCUGUGAGUGGUGGCGGCCCACGGGGCCUAGCGGUGUGGGCCUACCUGCAAGGAAUGAGGCUCUGUGUGGAGCGAGCGAGGCGGCACGCAUUCAAUGAUUGUGGUUGCGGAGGUUUAACACCGCUUGUAGCACAUGUUUGCUCCCUGCAUGUUCUUCGCGGCAUUACUCCUAGUUGGCCCGCUGCCAAAGCACCAACCGACAAGUGUCAAUAGCGGACCCGCCCAGGUGUACGGCACCUCGGCGUACGGCACCUCGGUGUACGGCGACGUGCUGUACGUAUGGCGACGCGCUUUACGUAGACAUCAGGUGGCGGGUGGGGGAAUGGUCUGGCCUAUCUUUGACAGCCUACCUAGUCGAUGGAUGGAUGGAUGGUCGUGUGUACCGUAUGGCUCGACACAAACAGCGAACGGAGCAAUCAAAGCCUAACCGCGGCUACACCAUGGAUGGUCUAGUCAUUCUGUCAUUGCGUGAGAUGGUGUGCAGUACGUACGGUAGUCAGCAGUGUCAGCCCCAACUUUGGCGGCCCAGAACUUCCCAGACACCCCCUUAAGAAACUAAAAGUACGUGCAUAAUGCUCUCCUAAAGCUCUGUAAUUUUGAGCAUGG